AACACCGAGCUUGGCUGUGAAGGUGUUUAACUAAUAGAUAUUUCCCCACUCAGUUUUUUAUUGUCAUUGGUUGUUCAGCAGAGGAGUCCUCCGACAUGUUGCAGGCUUUAAAGGGCGUCAGACACCUUCAUUCCACUGGGAUGAAACAAACGGUUUCAGAGCUCUCUAUACCGGUCCCAUGGGGAGAGAUCAGGGGGAAAGUCUGGGGUCCUGAUCACGGUCGUCCUGUGCUGUGCCUGCACGGCUGGGCUGACAACUGUGGCACAUUCAACACCCUCAUUCCCCUUCUACCCAAAGAGUGCAGGUACGUGGCGGUGGAUCUGUCGGGCCACGGCUUGUCGUCGCAUCGCCACCCCGGAGUCUCCUACUCGUUUCCUGCGUACGUGAUGGACGUACGCCGAAUCAUUGACGCUCUGCAGUGGAGGCACUUCUCCAUCAUAGGCCACAGUAUGGGUGGUAACAUUGCUGGAAUGUUCAGUGCUCUGUAUCCUGAGAUGGUGGAUGCUGUCGUACUGCUGGACUCUUCUGGAUUCUUACCUACAGAUGUGAAAGAAAUAUGUUCGGUGAUGAGACAGGGCAUGGAUCAGAUGUGCCAGUUUGAAAAACAGACGGAGGAGAAGAGAAGAGUUUACACUUAUGAGAAGGCAGUAGAGAGGAUGUUUGCUGCAAACCCGAGUCUGUCCGAGCGGUCUGUGCACGUCCUUUUAGAGCGAGGUCUAGUUCAAGUGGAAGGAGGUAUGGCGUUUACCCGAGACUUUCGUAUUAAUCUGAAAAAUAUUGUGCGCAUCACCUGGGAACAAAGUCUGGAGUUGCAGUCCAGGAUAAAAAACCCUCUUUUAAUUGUUCUAGCAAAGGACGGCUUGCAGGAACUUUAUACAGGACUGGACAAGCAUUUAUCCAGUCCUGGACAAGCAUUUAUCCAGUCCUACAAGGACAGAAACCACACGGUGGUGAUGGUACCAGGCAAUCAUCACGUGCACCUGAAUCAGCCGGAAGUCGUUGCUCCGCUUGUGUCUGACUUCCUGCGGACCAGAUUGUUGACACAGCCAGCCAGACGAGAUGAACACACAUCAAAGAUGUAGCAAACACAAAAACAUCACGUUACACUGCUGAUUCAAACUACUUUCUUAUGUUUGUAUUGAUACUGUGCUAUUAACAAUCACAUGUGUGCUUUAGACCUGGAAUCCUAAAUGUUUUAAUGUAUUUUAAUAAAUAUUAUUAAGUGCA